AUGUUUCCUACUAUUGAAGUUAUACGUGACGAAAAAAUUUUCGGUAAUUUUGAGGAUGAUAGUGAAGAAUUUGCUCAUGUGAUAAGAUCUUCAUUAGACUGGUCAACUUCCAAGGAGGUUUAUAAUGACUCAUCAAGUGAUUCGGAUUCAUUUCACUCUGCGCAUUCAAAUUCGAGUACGUGUGAUUUGCCUGAAGGGUCAAAUACUAUGUCAUUUAGUCAAUACAUAAAUGAUGAAACAAUAUGGACAAAUGCGUUUGGUCAUGCUGCCCUUAAACUAAAGAGCGAGUUGUCUCUUGAGUCAUUAGGCAUUAUAUAUGAACAUGUUGUAACCAUGCAUUCAUCAAAGUCAAAAUUCAUAGUUGCUCUUCAAUAUGUUCCAAGCUGUAUAAAGGAAGAAAUCGCACACGAUCUUGUAAAAGCUGGAACUCUAAAAUGGAAAAAUUUUGAUGAAAUAAAUAAUAUUUAUCAUAAAGAUUCUCAUCCGAUAUGGUCAACUUUCAUUGAAAAAUGGUGUUGUAGGCAAACUAAAUUGUCCCCUGGUCUUUAUCUAGGUGUUUUAUAUACUGAAAGUACUUUACAAAGUAUCAAAAUUUUAGUACCAAAAGAUCGAAAACAAUUUAUUCCUUUAGGGAAAAUUCGUGAUGAAGCAAUGAUUACUGCUGAGGAAACAAGUUGGGUUAAAUCUUUGACUUGCCUUAGCCAAGAUUGUUUUAUGGAUUUAGUCAUGGCAACUAAAAAUGAUGAUAAUAGAACUGCUUUAGGUCAAUUUCAAACUUCCUUUAUGCAAUCUUAUGAUAAGUUGCAACGUGAUACUGGCCUUACAUGGGAAGUAAGUGAUAUAUAUUGCGAGCAAACCGUGGAUAUUUAUUUGGAUUUACGAACAAAUCAAUUAUAUACCAUGACAAGUGAACUUGAAGAUAAUGUAGUUGAUCAUUGUGGAAUUUCGCUUCAAACUGACUUAUACUUGGAUAAGUCCGGAGCUAAAAAUAUUAUUUUUAAUAAACUUAAUAGUAAACAACAAUACGAUGACCGAAAACACUCUUAUAAAUCACAUCCAUCACGAGGAACAUCAGGCGGAUCUCAUAAAACAUUUGAAUCAAUGAUUUCAUACCAAGAAGAAAUGAAAUCGAAUCCAUCGUUAAGUUCACUUCGAAUUCAGCGAGCGAAUGAUAGUCAUAAUGAAUUCAUGGAGAAAGAGAAAGGAAUUAUAGCGUUUGAUAAAAGUAAUCCAGAAUCUGAAGAUGAGGAAGCGGGAUCAAAUGUUAAAACUUCUACUUCAACAGGAGCCGCAACUUCUGUUUGUGAAGAAACUAUAGGAUUAACGACUUCUCCUUUGAGCAAUACUAAUACUAUUAGACCCUUUAUUCGGAUAAUAUUGAUCGUUAAGCCUAUGCGUCAAAUACAUCAAAUUAGCAUGCCAUAUCAAUCGCGAUUAUGCAUGUUAUAUCCAUUUACAUUGUAUGACGCAUUACAACAUGCAACUUUUAACACUUCCUUAUACGCUAGUUCUCGUCGAGCAAUGCAAAUAUUACAAGCUAGUCGUACUUAUUUUGCUCAUGAAUUGCUUGGGCGAUUGCAAACCAUGGAAAAUUUUUCAGAU